AUGUCGACGCCGGUCAUGAUGACUGCCACGGCUCUCCCGUCGGGUGUUAGUCGCCCUCCAACAGUGGACCGAAAGGAUAACCAUGGAGGGCUGGUUGUGGUGAUCACCGGCUUUUGCUUGGUCCUGGUACUUUCAUCCCUGGCCGCUCGGACGUUUUCCUUGUGCAAAAGGCGGGUCAUCCAGAAAGAUGACUACGGGUUUAUGGCUGUAGUGGUUGUUGCACUAUCGCAGACGUCUCUGGUAUUGGCGCAGGCUCACUACGGCUGGGGAGCAACCGAAGAGGUGCUCUCCGCAACAGAGGAGAGAAUGCUCAAGAUGGGAUACGCCUCCGAUAUUCUCUUCAUUGUCACCCUCGGCCUGUCGAAGAUAACCACCACCGUCUUCUACAUGACCCUUUUCAAGCAGAAACUCCAUGCUGUCAUCCGAGGUCUUCUAGUCGGAGGAGGUAUCUGGGUUAUACUGUCGGUGAUAUUGGUAGCAGUCCGAUGUAGCCAACGACCAUGGCUCGAUAUCGACGCACAAUGCAGCGGUUUGUUCCAAAGAUGGCAGGCAAUCACCGCUAUUGAUGUCAUCAUCGAAGUCCUCCUCAUUCUCUACUCCGCCCGAGCGAUAUACAGCAUCAAGAUCUCCACACUACAGAAGAUUGUCGUCUUCGGCACCCUCAGUUGUCGAACCAUACUCAUUCCCCUGUCCGCUACGCAUCUCUACUACAUCAAGGUCCAGCUAGAUUCAGAUAACCCAACCCUCUAUGGCGCGUUCGCCAGCAUCACCGCAGAACUCUACCUUGCCAUGAGCGUUGUUUGCCUCGUGGCCUCGUUCAUGAAGCCCGUGCUGGCCGUCUAUGUCGACGAGUACGGCAUCGCCUACACGGACGAGAUAUCACCGCCGAACUCGAAGCUGCGAAGUCAUACGUCGUCUGAGAGCAGGUCGCGUCGGUUGCGGCGGUCGGAGACAGAAUACGAUCGUAGCUGGGAGCGGAUGCCUGAUCGGACCAUCCCCGCUGCUUCAGGGGGACGCAUCAUGAAGACAGUGCAGAUUAGUGUGAGUGAUGGGCCGAUGGAGCUUGAGAGGCGGGAGCCGGAAGUCGUGAUUGGUGUAUAA